CACCCUUGGCUGACUCAGAGCUCAGCAAGGUGAGGCCUUUUUAAUCCUUCGUGUCAAUCCCUUCUCGAAAGCCCGAUCUCUGAGCUGGCGGCUUCGCCUCGUUCCCGCUCCCGCCCCAGCUAGCCGAGAGAAAGAGAGAGCCGCGCUGCAAUGCGCUCGCGAAGAAGUGGCACGGCACCACCACCGCCGCGUAGCACAUACAGACGCGCACUCACACCCUCCCGGACGCCUGACUCGCAAGCGCCUCCCCUUUCGUCCCUCCCCGGCUUCUCUUCUCCUCUCCCCGUCUCCUCGCCACAAACAGCGCCGGCUGCCAAGGCGCCUGUCACUCGGCUGCGUCUACUCUUCGCCGGCGCUCUUCUCCGGAGACGGCAGCAACAUGAGUGCCGGGAAAACGCUGCCUUCUCCCGCUGCGGUUCAGCCUCGGAUCGGCUCUGCUGGGCGCUCGGUGGAUUAAACUGCUCCCGGGCGGCUGCUGCUACCAACUGCUAUCGCUGCUGCUACUACCAACUCUGGACCAAGGAUUUUAAUAUUGGCUGGGCCUAGCCAAGCACAACAGGAUCCUGAUGGGUGACUCAGGAUCGAGGCGCUCAAUCAUUGUCUCCCGUUUGCCAAUAUUUCGGAGAAGUAUUAACCGAAGACAUGAUUCCCUCCCGUCAUCACCAACUUCCAACAGUACUGUUGGCGUUCACAGUUCUUCUCCCUCCAGCACCAACUCUAGCUCAGGUAGCACUGGCAAACGCAAGAGCCUCUUCCGGACACCGUCCAUUAGCUUCCAUCACAGAAAGGGGAGCGAUCAGAAAACAGAUUCUUCAUGCCAGAAUGUGGGCAUUUUGAACGGUGCACAGUCAGGUCACAACACUUUGCAAAAGCUUGGUUUGGAAGAACAGGUGAAAAACAGAGGCAGACAUUCUGUUGGUUUUGGAAGUUCUCGAAAUAAAAAGAUAACGAGGUCCUUGACGGAGGACUUUGAAAAAGGGAGGGAACCCUCAACUAAUAAGAACGUUUUCAUAAAUUGCAUAAGUUCUGGGAAGAAUGAAAGCGAUGACUCUGGCUUUACAGAGGCCCAAAGCAAGUCUUCUGUUAAACAUUCCUCAAGGAAACUUCUCCCCAAGUCAUUUUCAACACACUACAGAUUCUCAAAGCCAGUCCCUCAGAGUCAGUCGGUUUCCUGUGUUCAACCAUCUUCUUGUUUGCUGGAAAUUAAAUCCAAUGUUGAAACCGAUCCCGUGUCUGCAAAGUCUUCUCCUUCAGAAUGUAUAGGCAGCUCUUUGCUUUCUGCUGAUCUGACAACUGUACAGACACCAUCUGAGUUUCUAGCCCUGACUGAGGAUUCUGUUUCUGAGGUUGAUGGGCUGCCCAACUGUGGAAACUUGCACCCAGAAGCCUUGGCCCACAAUGUGUCUACCUCUCAAACCUUUGCUGCUUCUCCUUUUUCAAGGAAAACAAACCUUACAGAAAGUAUUUCCCCUUGUGCUGAAACUUACAGGGCUAGAAAUGUAUUGCUUAGUGAAUCUAGUGCUUUUUCAGAAAUCCUUGAUUCAAAUCGAAAGCAUACAAAAGUGUUAUUGCCAGAGCUCUUUGCGAAGCAGACCAGCCAUCCAGAAGAUGUAAACUCAGGAGCUAAAGCACAAUUAAAAACCUUUGUCUUAAACCAGGGAGAAAUAGUUGAAAGUUCUCCAAAAGCACAGGGAUUACAGAGGGACCAACAAAAAGCAAGAAUAUCGGAACAUGCUAGAGAAAUCUUUCCAGAAACUGAAUCAAAGAUCACUCCUUUGUCUUCUGAACCUCAGUCCUUUCAAACACAGCAGACAAAUGACAUAAACCACGUAAAGGUGAAUCUUCCCAGUAGUUUUAGUCCAUUUCGAGAAGGAAGAUUCAUCGAAAAGCGUUUAAGAUCCUCCUCUGAAGGCACCGCUGGGAACAGUCGGAUGAUCUUAAAGCCAAAGGAUGGAAACCCAGAAGAGAUGAAUUGUUUAAGAAAACAGAGAACAAGUUCCUCGUCAUCUAAAAUGAAUAGCUUGGAUGUAUUGAAUAACCUCGGCUCAUGUGACCUGGAAGAGGAUGACCUUAUGCUUGAUUUGGAAUUCCUAGAAGAUCCGCAGCAUCGACAAUCUGGUAAGCCCCAAGAAAAUAUAAGAGUUUAA